AUAAUCCUUAAGUGAUUGUCUCCAUUUAAUUUGUGUCAGAAUUGGAUGGAUUUAGUAACUUAGCUCGCGAUUCAGCGAAAAUUGUUAACCGUUAUCACUAUACCGCUUGCAGUUAGUGAAUUUGAAGCUCUCACAAAAUCAGAAACCACCGAAGAAUUGCUGAUUUAUUCCGAGGACAAAGAUGAGCCGAAGGUACGCUAAACCACAGCCAUACUACGACAACAACCCAGACAGGGCGUGGGCAUCCAGUCCUCUGGACAACGUCUACACCUUCCAGAACAAUUUGUACCAUGAGGAAAGGAGUGGAUUGCCGAAUCCGAACGAAUACAGACAGCAGAACCACUAUUCAAACCAUUCAAACGUAGCAGGACCAUCGAGCAGCUACGCAAACUAUUCACAGCACCAAAAUAAUUCUUUCCACCAGAAAUUCUCCAGCCAUGAUCGUCAACAUCAGGACACAUACCAGCAGCAAGGUCAUCAUCAGUACAACAAGCAGAACUUUUCCAACCUGAAUAAGUUCCAGAGCAUCAACAUUCGCCAGGCAAACCGGCAAACUAACACCUACUCCAGGUCCAGAAACAGCUUCAAAGAUUCUGAUGAUUUUGCCAGGGAUCACAAUCAACAGCAGAGCAGUUCAUACACAGAUUUCCACCAAGACAAGCCCUCCUGGUCGAGCUCUGGAAGUUCUGUAACCAAACCACAGAAGUUCUCAGACCAGCCUCCCAUGAACAGGCCCGUCAGGAAACGCAAAAAUAAUGGUUCCAAGUACUACAGACACAUUCCUCCCGGAGGCCGGGCUAGACCAGGUCUGCGCUCCUUCUGCAGCUACGUGACAAAUAGAAAUGGGAGCUCGAAACUGAAUGGUCCAAAGAGUAACUUGCAGUUCGUUUACAAAAUCAAGGCCUGUUUGUGGCACAGAACCAAGAUGGGGCUGCACAAGAAGAAGACCAAGUUAUUCUCCAAGCAAUGGCGCUACCGCCAGAUCAGACAGAAUAACCUUUUUAUAAGGAAGACGCACAGCCAGUACUGGUCGAGGAGCUUUGUCAAGCCCAAGGUUUCCGUCAAGGCGUCAAAUCCAUGGAAAAAUUUCAAGAGCUCAUUUGACUAUCUGUCUCUUGUGGCUUCAUUCACCCCUGCUUCCUGGCAAGACCCUAAAUUUGCCUAUUUUCACCACGUGCAAUAUCAACUCUUCACUCUGCCAACGAACGGACUCGAGUUCAUCAGCUUGGAAAACCAGAUGAUCUGUUGCAAACUGAAAAUCGUCCAGGUCAUCCGCCUUCAAAAUUUACUCCUGUAUGGAGCUUACAUUAGCAAAAAGCAGCAGCUGCUGGCCAACUCAAUCCUUCUCAGAGAAGUUGUCAGGUACUUCUGCAUCAAGGCGGAACACUUGAAGGAGCUCUGCAAAUACGGCCACGACUUGCGCCGAAUCGGAGAGGUGAAGUCGUAUGUGAGCCCAAGGGAGGCCCACAUGAACCGCCCCGAAACCAACUCGGAGGUGUUGAUGGUUGCUGCCAGGGUCGUCAUCAUCCCUGUCAAGUACCCCAGAUCGUCCAAUGAGGUCUACCCUGAGUACAUCAUGCAGUACAGCCGAGUUAAGUAGAACGGAGAAAAGUCUUGUGGCGGACAGAUAAGAAGUUGGGAUAUUUCUUCUUUAUGUGGAAAAGCAUAUUGGUUCUGUGAGUGCUCAAAAAAGUUGCCUGUUUGUUCUUAUAUAGAGAUGUGAGUUGGAGAUAUAAACAUACAAACUUAAUCUCCUCUCAU